GCAGGGGCGGCCAUGCGGGUGCGCGUGCGGAGCUGGCACGGGGUCGCGUCCUGGCUCUGGGUGGCGAACGACGAGAACUGCGGCAUCUGCCGGAUGGCGUUCAACGGCUGCUGCCCCGACUGUAAAGUGCCCGGCGACGACUGCCCGCUGGUGUGGGGACAGUGCUCGCACUGCUUCCACAUGCACUGCAUCCUGAAGUGGCUGAACUCGCAGCAGGUGCAGCAGCACUGCCCCAUGUGCCGCCAGGAGUGGAAGUUCCGCGAGUGACGGCGGCAUGAGGGGAACGGGCGGGCCCCGGCCCCGCCCAGCAACCGCGCUGCCGCCGCUCGCGUGUCCGCGUGCGCCGUCCCGGGGCUGCAGGGGCGGGUCGCACCGCCACGGCGGGGGCGGCGAGGCGGGACCCCCGCCUGGCCAUAAAGGCGGCGGCGGCCCCGGGCGCUGCGGCCCCGCUGGCGCCAUGCGCGCUGCCCUGGCAC